GCAUGCGCGUAGUUGCAGACGCUCUUCCGUUGCCGGCAGUUUCUGCUUCCGUUGGUUGGGAGGGGAGCGUUGCGCGCUGCCGGCUUCAGCAUGUCAGACCUCAUCCUCAACGUCACCUUUGGGGUCGUCGAGCCCGCCCGUCGCGUCCCGGCCGGGAACCGUAAGCAUAGGAACUUCUUAAGGCGACGGUAUUUGGAACGGAAACGUGCGCUCGGGCAGAAAGAGCGCCAGGCGGCCCCGCAGCCCGGAGGAGGCCGCCCAAAGAAGCGCAGCAGGAAGAGGAAGCUGAAGGUGGACGGCGGGGAGCGGGAGGAGCACGAAGGGAAAGAUCCCCCCGGGUCCUCCGGCCGCAGGGAGCCUUCAGCUCGCAGCAUCACGCAAGAAACGGGCGCCAAAGGGACGCGGGGAGCAAAAAAAGGGACGCAGGGCCCCGUGCGAGCCUCCGGGCUGCCCCCAGUGCCCAGCAAGUUCGUGGCUAUCGACUGUGAGAUGGUGGGCACCGGGUUUCGUGGGCAAACCAGCGCUUUGGCCCGCUGUAGCAUUGUGAACUAUGAGGGCGAUGUGCUGUACGACAGCUACGUGCGGCCCACAGAGCCCAUCGUGGACUAUCGCAGCCGCUGGAGCGGCAUCUGCAAGAAGCACAUGCUCAACGCUGUCCCCUUCUCGGAGGCUCAGAAGGAGAUCCUGAAGAUCCUCUCCGGAAAGGUGGUGGUCGGCCACGCCAUACACAACGACUUCAUGGCUCUCAAGUAUUUCCACCCCAAAGCACUCAUCCGCGACACAUCCAAAAUCCCCUUGUUGAACCAGAAGGGUGGGUUCCCCGAGAAGAAGGCCGUCUCCCUGAAGGACUUCGCUAAGAAACUGCUGCACAAAGAUAUCCAGGUUGGCAAAAGCGGACAUUGUUCAGUGGAGGACGCCAGGACAACCAUGGAGCUGUACAAGAUCGUGGAGGCAGAGUGGGAGCAGCACUUGAUACUGAACUCUGAGCAGAAGUGACUGCCCUCAUAGUCCAGCCCAGACCUCAUGGGUCACAGAGCCUUGAGCCAGUGGGAGGAAGAAUAGGAUGAGCAGAGGCAGCAAGUGCUGUGGUGCACUCUAGCUCACUGGUAGUGGAGAUAGUAGCAUUAUCAAGUUAUGACUGUUCUUUCUCCCUACUCUGAGCAUUGCAUUGCCUUUGUUAUACCGUGCUGUGUACCCCACCAGAGAUGUGGGGAGAGCAAGGGCCACCUGUGCCUUCUGGGGGUCUAUCCAGUCCCAGAGCAGUUCUGGCCUGUCAGAGCCCUGUGGGACCUCAGUGAUGUUGGGGUACCCAAGCCUGGCUGUACCAGGAAGAGCAUUCCUAGAAGGGCAGCUGAGGGACCCUUAUGGAUGGGUUCUGCCCAGCUAUGGGCAGAGAGGGGACAGAAACUGCUCUGGGUACAGCACUGGAGCCAUACCAGCUAGGCUCAUCCUGAGCACAGAAUCCAGACCCAAGGAGCAAUCCUUCAGGCCCUCAGGCCAGUUGCCUCCCAUAUUUCACAACUACCUCUGACAAGGACCAGCAGAGGCCACGACUGCCACAGGGUUCCGGGACACAAAGCAGGCUGAGGCAAGUCCUGCCAGCUGGGAAGUCCCUGCACACCUGGAAGCUGCUCCCCCAAGGGAUUUGAGUGCUGUCUUCCUCUUUACAUAAGUGCUGCUGCGGGGGCUGGGGUGGGACCACUGUCCCCAUCUGUUUGUCUCUGCUACCGGGGACGCUGUGUCCUUUACAGACACCUCUGAACACCGACGUGUAUUUGCUGAACUCUUGAACACAUCCCGAGUUCUCGGUCUGCUCUGGUCAGCCCACCGUGGAGCAGCUUUGAAGUGAAAUGUUAAUGUUCAAAAUGCCCAUUAAAAAAGAAAUUAUUAACAAGCACUUCCUUUUGGCUGCAGAGCCCUGGGGAAGAUGCUUAACCCCGAAUGCACAGGAAGCGGUGCAGCUUGCACCCGUGGGGCAUACGAUGACCAUGUCUGUCCCCCUGUGUUCCAAAUUGCCAAGCAUGGCUGUGUAUGCAGCAACAGGGGAAGCAGGAGGGACUUCCCACAUCUCCAGCUUGCAGGCUCUGCGUGAAAUCUUGAUGUUGUUUGAAAUCAAAGCAGUUCAGGAGAAGGCUGGGGAAGGGCUUGCAAAGGAGCAGGCGCCAGACUCGACACGGUAAGUCCCAAAAUGGAUUGAGUGGGACUGCAGGCAUGGGCUGCUCCCUCAGCUCUAAAUAUUGUUUUUUGUGACCCCAUUUUGUGACCAGAGCUGCACAGACAAGAGAGGUGCCCAUGCCUGGUGCAGAGCAGCAGAUCUCCUUCCCCCUGGGCUCCAAGCAGGCCCUUGAUGCCUGGGGUGACUGCUGUGAGCUGUCACCCACCACCUGCCAGCAGCUGCUUUGUGUUGACCUUUCCUACGCCUCUUCUUCACGCCCAGGUAUGAGCCAUGGCUCUGCAAAGUUCCAGCAGUGUUGGGACCAGUGUGCAGAGCCCAAGGUUCCUCCCUUUAUUUUGGGCUGUGUGGACAGAGCUGUCCCCAACUGGGAGACCCCUUACCUGCACCUGAGCCCUGCUGUGGAGAGAGAGAGACUGGGAGUGGAAGAGCAGAAGGGCUUGGGGAGCAAAAUGGGGGUCCUGACCCCAGCGCUGCUGGGCUUAAGGUAGGUUGUGCUCUCUCUUAACAGCAGGAUGAAAACAACACACUGGCACUGUCCCUAGCUGGUGGAUGUGCCGUGCCCAGGGCAGAGCGGACUGGAAACCAGCUAGAUCUUACUUACCCUUGAGCCCCCACUGCUGCUUUUCCCUUGGCCAUGGGUUCUGCCCACCCAGAGUCCUGCUGGGGUGGCAGCAGGAGAGAGCCUUAGCUCUCACUCCCUUCCCUGCAUGAGGAGUGGGGCAGCCAAAACUAACAUGCCCAGCCCAGGCUGCUAUCCCUGUGCACCUCCUCCAUCACUACAGCUCCAGCUGGUGGGUGAUGCCGGUACUGAGCAGACCCUGGGAGUGCAGCCAGCCUGGCCGGUGCAUCCCCAUGCGUAGCUGAAUGAGACAGGCCUGAAUGCACGUCACAUUUUCCAGUGUUUUGGGGUGUUUAUGCUGUUAUACUCAGCUCUCAGCAUGUCCCAGGCAGGGAUAAGGGGUGGGAGCGACAAU